AUGAACGUGCUCAAGAGUACAAAUCCUUAUGGUAAUACUGCUUUUGUAAACCCCUUUGAUCACCAGUCAUUGGGAGUGUAUCCACAAUACAGUCAAAGUCCUGCUAUUAGUCCCAAGAGAUUUAAAGGAAAUAUUUUGGAGUAUUUGAAAGCAAUUAGACAGCGUGAAAAACCAGAGGGUAUUGAGAAUAUGGCUCCAAUAGUCUACCACUAUGAUUUUAAAGGAGCACUUGAAGAGGCUAGGAAUGAAGUGCGGAAUAAGAUCCGUUGGGCAGCUUCACGCCUACGAGGAAAUUCUUUUGAUAGAUUUUUUAACUAUAAUAUCCUACCCUACGCAAAAACCGCAAAGUCU